AUGUACAAAACAAAAUGGACUCUGGACAAGGCCCACGACGCGCUGGUCACGUCGGCCAAAAUAAGUCCGGGCGGCGGUCUUCUUGCCACCACAUCCACUGACAGGACCAUCAAGCUGUGGAAACUGUCAGAGACGGGAGUGACGUACUGGAAGACGCUCGCGGGCCAUACAAAGGGCAUUUCCAGCAUUGAGUUUGCGCCAAACUCCAAGUACAUCGCGUCGGCGUCGGACGACCUCACGAUACGAAUAUGGGACGUGGAAAGGGGCGAGCUCGUCCAAAUACUUAGAGGCCACACGUUUCAUGUCACCGUGCUGAAAUUUCACUAUAGGGGCUCUAUUUUGGUAAGUGGCUCUGCUGACGAAAAUAUCCGUGUUUGGGACCUCAGGAGAGCAAAGUGCAUGAAAGUUUUGAGCGCGCACUCUGACCCAAUUUCGAGCUUGGACUUUUCCUUUGACGGGACCGUCAUUGUGAGCGGGUCGUACGACGGGCUCAUCAGACUGUUUGAUCUCGAAACCGGGCAGUGUCUCAAGACGCUCAUCUACGAUAAGAGUGGCUCAUCGUAUCCUGUGAGCCACGUGACGUUCUCUCCCAACUCCAAAUACAUACUGUCGAGCUCGCUGGACGGGUUUGUGCGGUUGUGGGACUACAUGAACAACAAGGUGGUCAAGACGUUUCAGAAUGUUGACGGCGGCGCUGUGGCGGAAAAGUACAGUCUGGGGACAUGUUUUCUCACCUGUUUUGCGAGCCCGCUAGUGUGCUCAGGCGACGAAAAGGGCAAGGUGCUGCUGUGGGACGUCCAGAGCAAGGAGAUCGUGUGCCAGCUGGACACCGGUAGCGGCAGUCCCGUGAUGGAGGUGGAGCCUGUUUGCAACGGGGAAGAGCUGUUGACGGUAUGCAUGGACGGACAGGUGAGGUUAUGGCAACGCGAAGGCGAAUGA